AUGGGCUCUUCGUCAAGUCAAACGCAACGGCAUGUUGAUAACACUGCACACUCUCAUACUAUCACCAACGUAAAUGAGUCUGAUCCAGGUCGGAACGUAAAAUUCUGUCAAAUAAUAUGCUUCGUCGCUCGAAAUGGUUUUUACAUGGUAGAACCUAUGCAUGCACUGGCUGCCUUAAAAAGCUUGAACUUUUUAAUUCAUGCGCCUACUGUGUCUAUAGGAAGCGGUUUUACCAUACUUAUCUAUCUUUGUGAACACCAGGGCGACGGUGUAAACAGUAGAGUGAUCGAUGCAGUGUUUCACGGACUUAACCGUCCGGACUUAUUGCUGCAACCACCUCGUACACUGACUGCUACACGUGAAAGAUUCAGCAUGUCAUGGACUUAUGGUUAA